AUGGGAGGCGUCUGGCUCGAAAACAUCGAAAUAUGGCGAUUCUCUACCCCGCAACCGUCGGAUAAGCCGGGGAUUCGAUGGUCCAUGAUCAAGGACGUCACACCAUUUCUGAUCCUCUGGCGCAAAAAGGCCCAAUUGCUUCUUGAUUUGGACAAUCGUCUGCUGCGCCCUCUUAAUGGAAAGUUUGAUGUGACUCUAACCGCCACCUACCUUGCGGCUGAUCUGCAGGUCCCGACAUCCACGCCGGCUACUCACAUUUUGCCUCUAGGUACGCUGACUACACGCGAAGCCAAUGUCUACGAGUUCCCAUUGAUGUACUAUCCGAACCGGGCUACGCUCCCAGUCAACACUGUCCGUGCUGUUGUUUCUAUUGGAGCCACAGCGCUUGCGCGGGAGGAAUUCUGGUGGUCAAACCUACCAAAUAGCGUUUCCGAUGUUGCCUCCAACAAAACCAGCAGGCUGCCGGACCGAUCUGGCUUUCGAGAGAUUCGUCUUAGUAUCGACGAUCAAAUAGCCGGCUUAGCAUGGCCACAGCCCAUUGUUCUAGCCGGUGGCGUGUCUCCCGCUCUCCAUCGACCCAUUGUUUCUGACCAAGUAUUCGACCUCGCCGAACACGAAAUCGAUAUCACCCCAUGGCUUGGGUACCUUUGCGAUAAGAAAAAGCAUAAAUACACUAUUGAGGUAAUCGGUGAAAAUGACCUCAUUGUGGCCACCUUUUGGAAAAUCUCGGCAAAGAUAUUUGUCUGGGCGGAUCCGAACAACCGCAUCACCCCAGGGCCACCUCCCACCGUCAAUGUAAGCGAGACCGAAUUCCACAGCAACCAAUCACAAGGCGCCGAGAAAGAAUGGAAAUAUUCACAAUCCACGUCUCGUUCCAUUGAAGUCAAAUCUACGCUCAAUAUGAAAGGAAAUGCUAUUGAUGUGGUGUGGACUCAGCGGUAUUCCAUGCGAGGAGAAGGAGUCGUCGCCAGAUAUGGUGACUACCAAAGCUCCUCUACAUUUUAUGAGGGGGAGUCUACUCUCAAACGUGACCUGCUUACCUACUAUCAUCAUGGAUUUUCUUAUCCCAUGAAAAUGAUAAUGGAUAAGGAAACGCUAGCAAACCGCAAGGCUUUUCGUCUUAGAGCAGAGAUUGACCAAGGGACGAAUUCUACCAUUAUUGGCAACAGCGUAUUCCCUUGUGGGAUGGAGGCAUUUGUUCACGAUUUGCCGGAAGCGGCCUCAGGAUGUUCAACGUACACAAGAAAGCGCGGCCAUGCGACCAUGUAUCAGACAAGAAAGGGAAAGACGUCAGUAGCUGAGUCGGAUGUCGAAUCCAUGUACAUAUUUGGAGCAAAGAUGUUUGGCAUUGAGUCUGGUAGCACUUUUGCUGCUGGUCCCGUUCUUUUCUCUCAUGAAAUGCGACAGCAGAAUGAGGCCAUGGUAAAGAACACAAUGUACAUGAUGAAAGGGAAGGUUUCGCGCCUUCCUGUUGCCACUUAUGCAUCAGAUCCGCGUUACAUUGGCUGGUUCGCCCCCAUUAAAAACCACAAGCAUGGUGGGACAAGAAUAUUCUGGGGGAGAGAUGCCUUGAGUUCGAAUGUUGGUGAUAUAUCAUACGACAAGGGAUAUGGUGCCCGCCGAACUCGUUCAUCAGAGUUGAGCAAUACGACAGAGACCAUUGACGCGCCACAGCUCUCAGAACAAGUAGCAUCCGAUGAUGUAACCGAAACUAACACCGACAAUAACGCAGUAAACAACACGGGAAUCGACUUUGAUGAAUUUGAUGGAGACCUCUUAACGGAACUUGAAGAGGAAUUUGAGAAGCUGGAUCAUGCCAAGAACCUACCCCGCCCAUCACCCACCAGAGCUUUCUUCACAAUAUAUCCAGGCGCCAGAGGUCGUAACAUACAUCACGACCGACCGUGGAUAACUCGUGUCGGGGGAGCUAUAGCAGAGGCUGUAACAAACGGCGGCUUGGGGUAUCCCGCAGCUGAAGCCACGGAAGCACCUACGUUCCAUGGACAGGAGAAAAGGGUAGAUAAAGACGUAGUAACACUAGAGGAGGAUUAA